CGCCUACCCGCCCACCGGCCCACGGCCGAGCUGGGCCUCUGAGCCCCUUCGGCCCACCGCCCCCCUGCGUCCUCGGCCCUCGGAAGUGACGCAGCGCGCCCCGCCCCCGCCGCCAGAUCCGCUGCUGCUCCGCGGCGGGCGGACCUGCAGGAGGCGGCGGCAGCGGCGGCUCGGCCGAGGGAAGAUGGCGGACGGUGUGGACCAUAUAGAUAUCUACGCGGAUGUGGGCGAAGAGUUCAACCAGGAAGCGGAAUAUGGUGGGCAUGAUCAGAUAGACUUGUAUGAUGAUGUCAUCUCCCCAUCUGCAAAUAAUGGAGAUGCUCCAGAAGACCGGGAUUACAUGGAUACUCUUCCACCAACUGUUGGUGAUGACGUGGGGAAAGGAGCUGCACCAAAUGUUGUCUAUACAUAUACUGGAAAGAGAAUUGCAUUAUAUAUUGGAAAUUUAACUUGGUGGACAACAGAUGAAGACUUAACUGAAGCAGUUCAUUCUUUGGGAGUAAACGAUAUUUUGGAGAUAAAAUUUUUUGAAAAUCGGGCAAAUGGCCAGUCAAAAGGAUUUGCACUUGUUGGUGUUGGAUCUGAAGCAUCUUCAAAAAAGUUAAUGGAUCUGUUGCCUAAAAGAGAACUUCAUGGUCAGAAUCCUGUUGUAACUCCAUGCAAUAAACAGUUCCUGAGUCAAUUUGAAAUGCAGUCCAGGAAAACUACACAAUCAGGACAAAUGUCUGGGGAAGGUAAAGCUGGCCCUCCAGGAGGCAGUUCACGUGCAGCAUUUCCACAAGGUGGUAGAGGACGGGGCCGUUUUCCAGGGGCUGUUCCCGGUGGGGACAGAUUUCCUGGGCCAGCAGGACCAGGAGGGCCACCCCCACCUUUUCCAGGAAAUUUGAUCAAGCAUCUUGUUAAAGGAACUCGGCCUUUGUUCCUGGAAACUAGGAUUCCAUGGCAUAUGGGGCACAGCAUAGAGGAAUUACCCAUUUUUGGCCUAAAAGCUGGACAGACUCCACCACGCCCACCCUUAGGUCCUCCUGGCCCACCUGGCCCACCAGGUCCUCCUCCUCCUGGUCAGGUUCUGCCGCCUCCUCUAGCUGGGCCUCCUAAUCGAGGAGAUCGCCCUCCACCACCAGUUCUUUUUCCUGGACAGCCUUUUGGGCAGCCUCCAUUGGGUCCACUUCCUCCUGGACCUCCACCUCCAGUUCCAGGUUAUGGCCCCCCUCCUGGCCCACCACCUCCACAACAAGGACCACCGCCACCUCCAGGCCCCUUUCCACCUCGCCCACCAGGUCCACUUGGGCCACCCCUUACACUUGCUCCUCCUCCGCAUCUUCCGGGACCACCUCCAGGUGCCCCACCGCCAGCUCCACAUGUGAAUCCAGCUUUCUUUCCUCCACCAACUAACAGCGGCAUGCCUACAUCAGAUAGUAGAGGUCCACCACCAACAGACCCAUAUGGCCGAGCUCCACCAUAUGAUAGGGGUGACUAUGGCCCCCCUGGGAGGGAAAUGGAUACUGCUAGAACUCCUUUGAGUGAAGCAGAGUUUGAAGAAAUCAUGAAUAGAAAUAGGGCAAUCUCAAGCAGUGCUAUUUCAAGAGCUGUGUCUGAUGCCAGUGCUGGUGAUUACGGGAGUGCUAUUGAGACAUUGGUAACUGCAAUUUCUUUAAUUAAACAAUCCAAAGUCUCUGCUGAUGACCGUUGCAAAGUUCUUAUUAGCUCUUUGCAAGAUUGCCUUCAUGGAAUUGAAUCCAAGUCAUACGGUUCUGGAUCGAGAAGACGUGAACGAUCAAGAGAGAGGGACCAUAGUAGAUCACGAGAAAAGAGUCGGCGUCAUAAAUCCCGUAGUAGAGAUCGUCAUGAUGAUUAUUAUAGAGAGAGAAGCAGGGAGAGAGAGAGACACCGUGACCGGGACCGAGACCGUGACCGGGAGCGUGACCGAGAGCGAGAGUAUCGUCAUCGUUAGAAGUAUAUACCUACAUAUUAAAUGGUCCAAGUACUUGUUCUGAAUUUAAUCAUCUGGAAACACCUGAGACAAAUAAUAGGUAAGUGAUCACAGGUAAAAAUUUUGACAUCUUUUCCUUCAAUAUUCUGUUGCUGAGUUAUCAGUUUUAGGUUUCAGAUUGUUAAUGGUCUUAAAGCAAGAAAAAUAAUCAAGAGGACUCAUUAUGCACUUCUAAAACCUGCAAAUUGGAAUUUUUGCAUGUUAUUUAAAAUGCUUAAACAGGGAGUUCAGAUACAAAUAAUGUGCUUGGAGUUUUAAAAAUAGUUUUUAUAUUGCCUUCACCUAAUUUUAUUUGUUCCUAAAACUUGUAAAGAAAGUCUAACACUAAUAGUUUAUAAAUAUAAGAGAAUGUUUUGUCAACUUUGAAAGAGGUUUUUUCUUUUAAAAAAAAAUACUUCUAGAAGAGGGACUGUGUUCCUGGCACCUAGUUUUUGUUUUAAAAGAAAUAUUAUCCUUAAUUUGUAAAGAAAACGUAAGUUACUAAAUUAAAAUGGGUUCAGGUUACAUAUUUCAAAUUUUUAAAUUGUAUCAAACCAUACAUCCCCCAUUAGAAUAACCUUGAAAUAAUUUUCUUUGAUGUUUCAUUCAUAAAUCAUAAUCAUUGUCUUUUUUUUCUGUAUUUUACAACUAUUUCUUGUGAACAUUUUUCAUAAAAUGGGAGGAGUUGUCUCUGUUUAUACUUCAUUUUCACAUGUGAUUUUAUUUUUAUAUUUGUGAACAGCAUUUAUUCAUGUGAAGGGGAAACUGAAUCUUGUGCAUGUGACACAGAGAUUACAAAAUAUUUUUUGUAAGCAAAAAUAUUUUUUCUCCAUAUGUUGAUGGCAUAUCCACACUGAAUUAGGCUUAAAACAAACUCCACAUAGAUAAAUAAUCUUUAUGUGAUUACUUUUAGUAAUCAUGGAAGACAGUGAAAAUUUAGUCACUGGUGACUUGUGAGUAUCUAAAUUGUGAUAGGCAAAAUCACAGGCUUCAUCACAUCGUGUGUAACUGACAGAAUAGCAGUUUCUUUAGCUAUAACAUACAUACUAGCAAAUGACUCAUUUUGAAUAAUACUUAUAGCAAGAAAGCAUGUAAUAUCUUAUUUUUAUGAAACACCAAUAGCUGUUUUACUAUUUGUAAUUUUAAAGGCUUUUUGAAUUGAGAAGGCCCAUUCUGAUACUUACUGCAUUUUGAUUAUACAGUUUGAAUAUGUAUCAAAAAUUUUUAUGCAGUUCUCUAUGGAUUGUAUUAAAAAUUUAAUGUCUCGAAACAUUUUAAUAUGAGACAAAGCAUCUUCCAUUUUUAAAACUAAUCUUACUGAAAUUGGUAAUUGCUUUUGGAUGUAAAAAUAGUGUUGUAUCAUGUAAAUUAAAGUAAAUCUGAGCUUAAAUUUUACUGAUGUAGCUUUGUAUUCCUGAGUUGAAUAAUCUUAGCUCAUUAAAUUAUUAGUGUUCAGUAGUUGUUUAUGGUGAAUUGAGGCCAAGUUGUUAUUUGAAAUGGUUAACACUGUAGUCAUUUGUAUUAUGGUUACAAGUUCUGUAAGUUAGUGUUUUAGGCUUUCCUAAGUUAUCAACUUUAGUUACUGAAGACAUGAUACUGAAAUUUGAAUACAUCUUCAGUCAUCUCCAAAAUUGAUGUACCAUGUUGCCAUCAAGGGUCUUCUAAAUCAGUUUAUACUGGAGAUUAGUGACAGUUUUCUUACUGGUUUUAGUAAAACUAGCAUAGUUGACAAAAAAGUUCGUCCUGAAAAUCCAUUGUUAAUUUUAAAUAGCUUGAAUAUACAUUCCAGCAUAAGUGGACCUAAUACAUCAUGACUUGAGUUUCAUUACAUUCAGACAUUAACUAUGAAUUCCUCAUGUGAAAACUAUUGUUGACAUUUUUCUUAGUCACUGAUGUAUCAUACCAAAAUUCCCAUGUUUUGUUUGUACAUUAAUCAGAGUUGAGUUGUAAUAUUGUAUGCCUUCAUCCAAGCAAAAUUUUACAUAAAUCUUUCCAAUACAAAAAAAAUGGUUGUCUUGGAUUAUUGUAUCUUUGCUAUACCAAACAGUAUUUAUUGUGGAACUAGAUAUGAAAUGGGGUGGGGACUGAUAUUAAAGUGAAAAACUAUUUGCAGAUUUUGUUACUAUCAUAAUAAGGUCUGUUGUUGACCUCUUUAAAAGUUUUUAAAUAUGAGUCCUUUUGAGCUUUCAUGUAAAUCUUAAAUGUAGUGAGUGAAAUAAGAAUGACUUGAAAGCUAAAAUGAAUGUCAGUAAGUUUGUACAUAAACAUAUGAUAAUGUAAUCUGUUACUAAAAUGAUGAUGAAUGGCUACAAGGGCAAGCCCGUAAUUUAACUGGAAAUUUAAUGAUGUUGGCAAACUGUUAAUGUCUGUCCCAUCUUAAUUUUUUUUGUGUUUGAACUGUUGAAUAAUGUUAAUUACAUUCUCAUUUAAAAAUGUAUUAGUUUUUCCAGAAACAUUCAGUAUAUAAGUUCAAAUAGAUUCUAAUUUAAUGACACAAUAUCAGUAUUGUAAAUUUCAGUAUGUAAAUACAUUGUGCUUCGUAUUCUGUAUUUUUUUGCCUCUAUUCUGAGACCACUCUGAGCAAAAUAAGUGAUUUUAAAUUGUACGUGUCUUACAGAAAUAAUUUUACCUUCCUAGUUGAGUUAUUUUAAGGUUGUGUUCUUACUACCUAUGGGAUAGUACUACUCAGGAAAUUUGUGUUGUUUAUUUUUUAUAUUGAAGAGUAAUUAUUUUUAAAAUACUCAUUUACUCAGUUUUCCUUCUCCCCAUAUGAAGUUUACAUAUUCUUAAAUCAUUAUACGUUUAUCAAUAAAUGUCUUGUGUAUGGGGAUCUGGAUUAAGUAACCAUAUUUUCUGGACUGUGAUCACUUCUAUAUGUAUCAUGCUGUUAGAAUUUGUUAUUACUACACGGGAUUUAAGAUGCUUUGUAUUGCUUAUUCAGCUUCUUAUAGUUUUGUGUUAAUUGGGGUGAAAAACAAAAAUGCAAAAGAGUAAAAAGUUCUUUACUAACACAUUAAAAGACAUUACAUCUCCUUAGGAAUUAGUGUUACAUUGAGGCUUUUGCGAAAAUCAGAUUGUCUUCAUUGCCUGGUGAAUGAUGAUUGGUUGUAUAAUAAUACUUAAAAAUUACUUCUGCAACUCUUAGAUCAUCUGAGACCUGCCUCAUAAAUUUUAGUUAUGUUUCCUUGUGUUUACCCUUACAUUGUAACUACAGUUUCAUCUGGAUAUGCUAGCUUUUCAUUACUUGAGCUCUAAUUUCCUUGCUUUUAGUAGUAUUUGCAAACCUGUGUCUGACUAUACCGCUAUCUACUUAGCAGUGACAAGAGAGAGUAGGAAGUAAUCCCCUGAAUGGAUGAUGUGUUUUGCUCACUGUGGUUGAAGAAUAUAGUUUUGUUUAUAAAUGAUUAAUACUUUGUUUAAAAACAUUUAGUGCUAAUGUGAGUCACUUUGCUCUCUCACGUUCAUUUCAGUGUGAAGUUUACUACCGGUAUUUCAGUUUGUAACUUAGAUUUUGAAUAAUGUUUGAAUGAAUGUUUAGUUAGUAUUGUUUAAAGAAAACCUAAAAUAACCAGUAAAGGGUAAGGGUACCAUUUGUGCUAUACAAAUUUAUGAGUUUGCCCUCUGUGGUAGAAUGUUUGAACUGUCACAGUGGAUUCUGAAUACCAAAUAGCCUAUUUUGAAAUGUCCAUCUUACGAAUCUUUUGGAGGCAAAGCUGAUUUUUUUUCUUUGUGAUGUAGUUUAUUUCUAUUAUUUAAUGGAUUGCCUAGAGCAAGUUAUGUAAAUGUUUUAUAUUGAGUGAGAAAAUGGCUUUUUGAAAUGAGGUAAGUACUAUGUCCAUAGGUAGAAAGAUUACUGUGAAGUGUUUUGAUAGCAAGGAACUGUUUGUAAACAUCUACAGUAAGCAGAAUGGCUUUCAUGCCAUGUGUUGUAAGAAGACUUUUUUUAUCUUAAAGAGUAAACGUAUAUGUAGAGACUUGUUUCUCUUGCCCACUUUUUUUUAGUCCUUUAAGAAGUAAUUUUCAGAUAGAGAAUAGUAAAUUGUUUCAUUGAAUUAAAAACAGCAUUAUUUUAUGUUUACAUAAAAACCCUUUUAAUUCAAUAUAUUAUUGUGAAAACCUGUAAAAAAGCUCUAUCAAAUUUAUAUUUGUCUUAAAAGAUGACUACCAUGACUUUACAUACUAAUGCUGACAAAUUUGCUUAGGUAAAUUUCUAACAGAAACACCUAAAAUUUGGGUGUAAUACUGACUUGAUGUUAUAUCAGUUAUCUCAAAAUGCAGGCACUUGACAUUUUACUUGAUGCUCACAUUAGUGUACAGACAUUGGGAAGUCUAGAUUCCAUUUGUCAUCUUAGUGCUUUAAACAGCUGUUCACACAACUUCCUUUUAUAACUGAUAGCUAAUUCAAGUAAUUGCGUGGCUUUGACAUAGAUUUGAUCAAACGAUUUUCUGAGAACAUGAGCAUUGAUUGUAUUUGUUACUUUUAAGUUUCUUUUUGAUAUCUUUGUUUAUGUAGACUAUCUUUUUACAUAUUUGAGACUGUUAACAUGGAUUUGGAUUAUUGGAAAUGGGUUGUAUUGCCUUUAAAUUUGCUUCCUUUUGAGACUGUAAACUUUGUGUAUCCAGGUGGAUAAAUAAAUGUAAAAUGUUUAGAAAUAGAAAUGACUAUCCCCCAAAUUUUAUAUCUGUAUCACAAAAAUUAGGAUUAAUAGUAAAGACUUUUCUAUAAAAUAUAAUCAAGCAAGAAAUAAGAUGUAUAUUGUGACUUGAUAAAUAGGAUUCACUAUAUAAAAAGCAGUAAAAUUCUCUGUUGGAAUAAGAUACAAUUGUAUAUAACAAUUUUUUUGGAAGAACUGAAUAUUUUUGUGUUGCUCACUCAUUUUAAAUAAGUUUUCCUUAGUGACCCUCUUUUUUAUUCUUUUCAGCAUAACAAAAAAAUUAAAGAAAUAACAUGCUUUCAUAGCAAGGUUUAUUGAUUUCCUCGUUUUAUAAUUAGAACAUAUGCUUUAUGUAAGACUUUUACCAGCUUUUUAAAGUGCCUUGCUGGGCUGGAGGUAUAGAUUAGUGGUAAGCCUCUUGCUUAGCACAGCAUGUGGUCCUGGGUUCAGUCCCUCAGCUAGCUAGCUAGCUGCUAGCUAAAAAUUAAGCAGACAGAUAAAUAAUCCUAAGUGCUAAGCAGUUGAGAGCUAACAUUUUGCAUUUUUUGAAUUAAAUCCACUAAAUAAGCUUUGUCAGCAUAAGAUGAAAAUAAAAGGUAAUACUAGAAA